AGUAAGAAACUUUAAUUUAAUAACAGACAGGCCUGCGCACGGUUCAACGCUAGAAAAAGGAAAAGGAAAAAGAAAAAAAAGGAUGGGGAAAUCCCACGCUCGCUCAUCCUCUUCUCCUCAUUCAACUCAUCCCACAUACACCCAAGUAACGGAUUCCAUCAUGGAGGAUGCCCUACGACUGUCAGAGAUUAGGUCCCACAUAGGGUCGUUCCUCGACAAGAGUGACCUGGUACAGUGCAUGUUUGUCUGCCGCAAGUGGGCCACCGACUUCCGGCGGCUGCUCUGGCGUGAACUCGAGCUGUCUGAGUCGGAAUUCGAGACCAUGAACAAGGAUCUUCUCCACAAGUACGGCCACUUGAUUCGGACGCUUACCAUCUACGAUCCUAUGCCCCUCCUCCACGACUGGUUCGCUCCUCCCUUCUGUUGCAACUUGGUUGAGAUCAACAUCAGGCCAUCAUUGCGCCGUAAUCAAGAGCUUGUAUCUAUAUGGCUUGAAAGCAGCGUCGUAUCCGCUUCAUAUGACCAAGCUGUCACAUUCAUGUCCGUAGAUUCAGUCAGGAAGGCGUUUCAACUAAUCAAGUGCAAUCCAGGCCUCCGAAGGCUGUCAGAGCAGUGGUCCACACUUUCUCCGAUGCACACAGCCAUAUUCAAGGAAUUACUCUGUCAAGAGAAAAUGGCUCUGGAGGAGCUCAGCACCUCAUACUGGAAGAUGUCGACGACUAAGGAUCUCCAUUCUUUGAUCGACCAUGAUCCACAACUUCGGAAGCUGACACUUUUUCGACCCACCAUCGGUUAUACCUCCACCUGGAUCACUGAAGAACACAUGCCAGGAUCAACCGUAACAUUCCACAGCAGCCCAAAAUCGUUACUGCUAGAACUUGGGGACAUCAGCGAAUUCUCCAUGACAGGUGGCAGACUCAUAAUCCCUCGCAGCACCAACGUUUCAUUUGAAAUUCAUGCGCAUAACGUCACGCGGAUGUCACUAGCAGGAUUUCAGGGCCUAUUCUUGGAGCAGCAGAGGGAGCCUGAGCCAUCCUCGCUUGUCCGUCAAGUCACCGCGUGGCAUUGUUCAAAGCUGACAAAGCUGAGAUUGACCCAAGAUGAGUUCGACGCAGUCCACACAGCCACGGCCCUAUUUGUAUCCGCAGAGAGACUGAAGGAUGUGGAGAUCCAGGACUGCACGAUGUGCUCGACCGUCAUUCGUGAUUUGAUAGCGAGGCAUGCUGUCGCUUUGCAGCGCAUUAACCUUUGGGGGACCAUCGGCUUAUCAGGCUUGGAUUCACAGCUGAUUCUGACAAGCUGUCCGAAUCUUCUCCACUUCGGGGGAUCGAAUAGCCCUCUGCGAGGAUCGGAUAUGGUUAAAGAACCCUGGAUUUGCCGCCAACUUCAGACACUGAGUGUGAUCCUGGAUAUGCCGACUCUGGAGACGCACGUCAAUGACGACGCAGAUGCCGGCGAUGACAGGGAGGAUGCUAGCCAGCAUCUGGAAGCACGGGUUGCAGAGCGCCAGGUGCUCUAUAGAGCCAUUUACGAUCAAUUGGCCUCCUUGAAGCAAUUGCAGUACAUCAAGUUCGGUGGUUUCAGUCGAGGCAAAGUGCAUGCGACAGGCAUCCCAUGGAGCCUUGAUGCAGGUCUGGAUAGGCUGCGAGGAUUAUCGAAGAUGGAGACCAUUUUUGUAACCGAGUCUCUUACCGAGAUCGGCGUGGAGGAGGCGCAAUGGAUCAAGAAGCAUUGGCCCCGACUUAAGCGGAUCCGGAGAUUGGAUGACAGGUCAACUGUACGAGCAGUGGAUUCCGCGGUCCAAGAGAUCCUUGGUUCUAAUAUCGAGGUGUUCUGAACAAGCAAUCCGCAAAAAUAAAAUGAUGCGUUUUGCAUGCAACUUUGCACAAUGGUGAGGCGCUGUUGUAUACAACCAACUUCACUUUUUUCAUACAUG